AUGAUCCCUGAAGUUAUCACUUCUGAUGAAUUCGAAAAUUACGACAACAUAUUGAGAAAAUCAUGGCUUAAGAGAUUUCUUACAAACAAAGUUGAUUCAAGAAGAAGCGUUAAAAUUAGAUGGAAUAAUAAUAUGUAUUCGACAAGUAGCAGUACAGUUUUCGAACUACUCGACUGCGUAUAUAAAAACACAGGCAUCGUUAUGGGAUCCAGAAGUGAAAUAUCUACAUGCGACUCCUCAAAUUACUACGCAAACAAUAGACAAGUAAAAUUUAUGCCUAAUAAUAUAGAGGCUUGGAUGAUUCCUCAAACAAUUAUUAAUUCACCAUACAAAUCUGUUCAAAAUAAGAAUAUGGAGAAAAAUAGAAACAUCGAAGUUACAUAUUUAGACCGAAAGUGGUACAUUGACAAAUCACAUCGUGGUAAUAAAAUAGAACUAGUCUUACAAUCAAAGAAUAUCAUACAAGCUAAGAAAAGUAAGAGUUCUGAUUAUAUACUUAUAGACAUACCUAAAGGUUAUUUCACAGACUCCGUCGAAUCUAACCAACAUCAGACCAGUGAAGAGGAAGUGUACAAAAUAACAGACUACGAAUCACCAAAUUCAAAAAUAUUUGUAAACAAGAAAAUCACUGAUUUUCACAUGGGCGAUCAUAUUUCAAAAGAAGAAAAGGAAAUCACAGUAGCGAUAAGAAAUCAUGAAUUAGUAGAAUCAAAUACGUUACAUAAUUUAGCUAAGAAACUACCGUUACUAAGAGAUGUAGUUAUACAAGGAAGUCAAGUAUAUAUUCCAAAACAUUGUGACGUAAUUGGUGUUGGAAUUAUUACACAGAGGGACAUACGGGAUAUUAAAAAACCAAUAUUAAAAAUACAGGAUGACUUGACCGACUCUGAAUCAGCUCAUGAAGUAUCACCACUAAAGAAAUGUGAAUUUGCCGAGAGUUACCUCCAAGAUUAUUACAAAAACUGGACUCCACUUGGAAUAGACUUUUUCUCUUGGUGUGUCAGUGAUACCCAACUUCGCUCGUCUGAAAAUAAUUCUAGGACAAGCCUUAAUAAUCAAGGCGAUGGUUCCAAAUCCUGUCCUAAUAUGUUCGACGAUUACCAAGGCUCUUCAGUAGUAUCAUCUUGUAAUACGUCGUCUUGCAGUCGCUGUGUCUCUUCGGAGCAAGAAAAGAAAAAAGAAACUAAAAAAGACACUUUGUUUAGUAAAUUCUUUUGUAAAAAUGCUGAUGUAAUAAAUACUGAAGCACGAUCCGCAUUAUCAGAAGGAAAACGAUUUCUACCAAAAGAUUCUCUUGAAGUUUUCAAGAGGAGGAGGGUGUACGCUAAUGGCUACAACUCAAAGUGGAAUGCUUUAUGUCCUAAAUCAUCUCCAGCUCCGAGUAUACAUAUAGGCGACAAAUGUAAGCCACAACCAGAGUGCCCUAGAGACUGCAAUAAGCCCAAAAAACAUGUAUUAAUUCCUGACUGUCAACCUUACGAGGUAUUACAAGAUCCAUGCGAUAAAUGUUUUCCUGGUAUAUUAUCGUUUAAAGACUCGACCUGCAAGAAAGUAAAGCAAAAACACAUUAGUGUCAUGCCGGAUCCCGUGUGUGCUAUACCUCCUAAACCUUUAUGUUCUAACUUGUGUGCUAAGGAGUGUAGUCCACCUUGCUCAAAAGGAAAGAAACAAGGUAGGCCUUGUUCUGGAAAAACUCCCCCAAUUUGUUCAAAAUGUUCGCCUUUACAGCCUUGUGAAAUAGCAAAAUUAUUAAAAAAUUGCUCUGAUUGCCCUUCGUUGCCACAAAAAUGUCCCACGUGUGGUACAUCAAUUUUGCCAGAGAAGUGUCCCAAUUGUCGUGUACCUAUAUUACCACAAAAAUGCCCCAAAUGUUGUACGCCAGUUUCGCCACUAAAAUGCGCAAAAUGUUGUUUGCCCAUAGUACCACAAAACUGCCCAAAUUGUCCUUCUCAAGCAUUACUCCAAAAGUGUCAGAAAUGUUGUUUGCCUAUGUUACCACAAAAAUGUCCCAAGUGCUCCUCAAUUGUUCUCCCACAAAAAUGUCCUAAAUGUGGUGUUCCAUUAUUGCCACAGAGGUGUCCACAAUGUUCCACGCCUAUAGUACCACAAAAAUGUCCAAAGUGUUCUAUUCCAAUACUGCCUCAAAAAUGUUCAAAUUGUUCUUCACCGACAUCGCAUGGGACAUGUCCCAAAUGUUCCACACCAGUCGGACCACAAAAAUGUUCCAAUUGUUGUUCACCAAUUUUACCAGAAAAAUGUAGAAAAUGUGGUUCACUAGUAUUACCGCCAAAAUGUCGAGAAUGUUCUUUGACAACAUUGCCGCAAACAUGUCCAAGAUGUUCUACAAUUAUACUAUCCCAAAAGUGUCUACAUUGCUCUUCCGCUUCGUUACCCGAUAAAUGUCCAAAUUGUUGCAUACCAAUAUUGCCACAGAAAUGUCCACAGUGCUUCACAGUAAUAUUGCCAACAAAAUGUCAAAAAUGUGCGACGAUUGUGAUGCCAGUUACGUGUCCUAAAUGUCGUUCGACAAUACCACCACAAAAAUGUCCUAAAUGUUCUAUACAAGUUUUUCCACAAAUAUGCCCAAAUUGUCGCGAAUCAGUUCCACAAAAAUGCCAAAAGAGUUGUUCACCAAUACAGCAACAAAAAUGCCCCAAGUGUUCUACACCAGCAUUACCUCAAAAGUGCCCAAAAUGUUGUCAGCUCAUACUACCGACAAAAUGUGCACAGUGUGACAUGCCAAUUUUACCAACAAAUUGUUCAAAAUGUAAUGCGUCAAUUCCUCCACAAAAAUGUCCAAAAUGUUCAACGGUCAUAAUACCACAGAACUGUCCUAGAUGCCAGUCACCUGCACCGCGACAAAAAUGUCCCAAGAGUUGUUCACCAAUAUGCCCACAGAAAUGCCCCUGUUCUUUCACACUCUUAACAAAAAAAUGUCCAUCAAAACCAGCUUGUUUAUCUCCAAAGCAGUCGAAUAAUAGUAUCCGAAGUAAUCGUUAUUGUCCCCCUAAGACUAGCAGUCCUCAGAGAUGUGCAUCUCCUCCUAAAAAUAAUCAAUCAUGUGGUUUGAAAAUUCAAAAAACAGCUACAAAAUGCAAUAAGACGUCAAACCCACCUACGCCGCCACCAACGAUAGCAUGUCCUCCAACCCGAUCCGAUUCGCAACAAUGUCUAAAAAAUCGGAAUGAUAGUAUCAUACGCAUUAAUUCGAGAGAGAAUAUCAGGAUUAAUUUAAAAAAGGAGACACCAAGCACGGAAGAAAUACGGGAGGGGUACAACAUCAAAGUUCAGGACGAAGACGGACAGACCCUUUAUGAAAGAAUAGACUAUAGGAAACCUCAAAAUAACAAACAAUCAUUUCAUAUGCAGAAUAAGAUUUGUGGUGACUCUUAUAUUCAUAGGGUCUCCACGCCGUCAAUGGUUCUAAAUAAGGUCGCGUUAAAUGAAAAUACUAUUGACGCACGAAAAAGUGCUACUAGUCUAGAAAAUUUGAUAGAAAUAAAUCUUACUUUAAAAUUAAAGCAAUGUGACAAAACUGAAGUCAAUUUUUGCAAUCCUGUUGAUAUUAAAAAAGAGAAAGAUUACGUAGAAGCAGGAGCCUAUCAGACAAAGGAUAUCUUUCAAGUUCAGGACCAAGCAAAAGAGCCAACUAACACAGAAAAAAACGAUGUGAACAUAAAAAUAUUGAUAAAGAAUUUUAUCCCGAACGAUGAAUACAAGUCGAAACGAGAGAAUAAUAAUAUUAACGAACAAUUUUCUAACAGCAUAUCUGAAAAAUUUCACACAGUUUCCACAGGAUAUAGUGAAUUUCUUUUAAAUCAACCGGCAUUUCCCGUGGAGACGUCAGCUUUAGGCGUGACUAAAUCAGCUGAAAGUAUUGAAAAAACUAAAGCUAGCAAGCAAAAAUUGGAGGAAAACGCUCUCAUUCCUAUUGAUUCUACUACAUCUGCAUUUAUAGUCGCUGAUCAGACAGUAGUAGAAAACACGGUAAAUUUUAUGAAAAACGAUGUAGACUUAACAAUUAAAAGUGACUGUAGUGAUAGAAAGAGCAAAGAGAGCUUUAAAAACAUUCAUGAAUCCAACACAGAGAAAUCGGAAACUGCUAUUUUCAUGACCGAUGAGGAAAAAUGUUUCGAAAACCCUGACCAAGAAAAAAACGAAAAAUGUAAGUUGCUCAACAGGAGACAAAAAAAGAAAAUGCUAAAAAAGCUCUUCGAAGAAGCGUCAACAGUGGACGGUACAAAUAAAGAAAAGGUGAAAGGUGUAAAGGAAAUGUUACGAACAAUUUUGACGUCCGACAGCAGCGGUACUGAGGAUAUAUCAGAGUCAGUCACGACGUUCGCUAAAGGGGUCACGCUAAAGCCUCACUUCAAAAGUUCCGCCAGUAUGACAAACUUCUACAAUAUAGACAAUACUAUAGUUGAGGAGAAUUUGCGUAUUGAUGAGGUUUUGUAUCCAACAAAAGAAAAUAGCAGCGAGUGUAGCGACGCUGACAACGACAAUGACGUACCAAAGCGCUGUAUGUGUAGAACAUUCGCGGCUAAAUUAAAUAUGAUUACGCCAGGGGUAAGUCCGUGCUGCUGUCGUGGCUGCGAUAAACAAGAUGAAGAGAUACACUGCAAUUUGAUUCAUAACCCAAAGAGUCUAGUCGACGUCCAAACUCAAGAUUCAAGAAAUACCCAUUUUAAGACAUACACGACCAAUGUUUCGACAAUUGUCAAAUUACAAUCUAGAGAGAGCAAAGAAGGGUAUGGAUAUAUGGAUCAAAGCAUUUGUCAAAUCACAAGUGGUUCCUUUCAAACGCGUGCUAGUACGUUAGAGCGACAGAGUCUUACGAAUUCAUCCAACGCCGUCAUGUACCUCAGUAACUCCAACUAUUCAAUAGAUGCGAGAAAUUAUUUGGACCUAUCAGACGUACUACAAUCGGACGAAACGAAAAAGGCUGUGCUGGAAAUAUACGCUGAAAAAACCGUGACCGACGCAGGCACACACUUCAUAGCAAAGUUGCCGAAAUUUAUUUUAAGCAAUGAUUGA